GCUUAGUCACAUUGUUAGUUAUAAGACAUUGUUUUACUGUUCGCCGCGCCACGGUGAUCUUGUGGUUGCAGAGGUGCUUUUCUCAUUGCAAAUAAUCGUUGACAACAUCGAUUUGAAAAUACAUAUUGGCUUCACUGUCAUACUGUGAACAAUUAACAACAAAAAAUACCAAUUCCGACCCGCGCCGGGUGCAUUGCCUAACUCGGUUUGCCGUCAUGUGCCGAAGUAACAACAUUUUCUGCGAAGCAAGCAGCAUGAAAAAUAUAUAACAACGAGAUGCCAUGAUGCUGUUCGUUGCAGUAUCGGCGCUGCUUGCGCUCACCCAAACAGAAGCCAUCAACGUAGCCACAUCGUACAGUGUCAUCCAUCAUGAGCAACCACAGGAUCGUGUCCUAACCAAACCCUCCCUGUACGCUCCUUCGGCGCAAUACGUACACUCCUCUGCACACUAUGCACCUUUGAUCGGAAAAAUCCCUUUCCUGAGCGCAUACAACCAGGCCACCCAAUGCCCAGCCCCUCCAGUUUGCACCCACUCCCGUUAUCGCACUCUGGAUGGUAGCUGCAAUAAUCUACAAAACCCAACCUGGGGUACGCCAAACCGCCCGUACGGUCGUCUGCUAACUCCAAAGUACGGUGAUGGCAUCUCAACUCCAACCACCUCGGUUACCGGUCAGGAACUACCCAACUCUCGUCUCGUCUCGUUGGUCGUAUUCGGUGAGCAAGAUAUCCCAGAUCCACAGUUCACCCUGGGCAACAUGCAAUGGGGACAGAUCAUGACGCAUGACAUGAGCUUGCAGGCUGGUGGAACCCAAUCCAAAAAACACGCCACAAGAUGUUGUACCGAUGAUGGUAAAUUGAUUGGAAAGUCCACGGCACCAGCCACAUGCUACCCGAUCAUCGUCCCAGAUCAUGAUCCAGCCCACUCUCAAACAGGAACUGAAUGUAUCAACUUCGUUCGUACGCUGACCAACCGCAACGAUCCAUGCUCUCCGUCUCAUCCUUCGCAACCAGCUGAACAGCUCACAACGGUCACAUCCUGGUUGGAUCUGUCUCUCGUGUACGGAAACUCCGACCAGCAGAACGCAGGUAUUCGAUCCUUCACCGGAGGACGUAUGGCCACUGUUGUCCGUGACGGAUAUGAAUGGCCUCCGAACACCCCGAACGCAACCACCGAUUGCGACAUGGCUUCUCGUAAUGAGGUCUGCUAUCUAGCCGGUGAUGCUCGUGUUAAUCAGAACCCAGGAUUGACUAUUCUGCAGAUCAUGUUACUGCGUGAACACAACCGUAUCGCCGACCAACUUCAGAAGUACAAUCCCCACUGGGAUGACGAACUGCUGUUCCAGGAAUCUCGUCGUAUCAACAUUGCUCAGUAUCAGCACAUCAACUACUACGAAUGGCUUCCAAUCUUCCUCGGCAGAGAAAACAUGCUCAAGAACCGUCUCAUCUACAACGUCAAGGGAGGAGACUAUAUCAAUGAUUACGACCCAUCGCAGGAUCCUUCAGUACUGAACUCUCACGCUACUGCCGCCUUCCGUUACUUCCACACCCAAAUCGAAGGACGUCUUGACCUCGUUUCCGAAGUUCGCAAGCCAACGGGAUCGCUUCGUUUGAGUGACUGGUUCAACCGGCCAUCGAUCAUCGAAGCCGGCGAUAACUACGAUUUCCUGACCCGUGGUCUUGCUACACAGCCCGAGGAACUAACCGAUGCCAACUUCGAUGCCGAAAUCAAACAUUUCCUGUUCCGUCGCGGUCGUCCAUUCGGAUCCGAUCUUCGUGCCUUCGAUAUUCAGCGUAACCGUGAUCACGGUUUGGCCGGUUACAACGAUUACCGCGAAUUCUGCGGCUUCAAGCGUGCUCACUCUUGGGAAGAUUUCCUAGAUCUAAUCUCUGCUCAGGACGUCUCCAAACUGCAGUCUAUGUACACCAGCAUUGACGAUGUGGACCUUACCGUGGGAGGUUCGCUGGAAGCUCACGUAAACGGUGCACUCGCUGGCCCGACCUUCCUGUGCAUCCUAACGGAACAGUUCUACCGUACCCGUGUUGCCGAUCGGUACUUCUUCGAGCGUGGAGACAAGGAUGCCGCCUUCACCCGGGAACAGUUGGCGGAACUGCGUAAGGCCAGCAUCGCUCGUCUGUUCUGUGACAAUGCUAAUCACGUGACUUCAAUGCAACCGAAAGCCUUCUUGAGACCGUCGUCUCACAACCAGGUCGUGUCAUGCUCGCAGAUCCCGGAGAUCGAUCUGAGCAUGUGGAAAGACCUGUCGUACGAUAACAGCUUGCACUCGUUCCACUACUUCCACAACUUUAAGAAAUAAGCUUUGUACUGAAAAGCGUGUGUGUGUGUGAGCUUCAAAACUGCCUUUAUCUAGUUUAUUCCUGCCAGAUUUUUUAAUAAUUAUUGUCUGCUCCUAUUUCAAAAUUAUCUCCGUGCCGCUUUGAAAGGUUUUUUUGGAUGCUUGUUUUUUUGAGGCUGAAUAAAUGUAGAAUUUUUUCAUUCCAAAAAAUACAAUUUUCCUCUCAAAAAAAGUCCUACAUGACGGUACUCUCUUUUUGAAAUUGUGCUAUCAUAUUUUUUUCAAUAACCCUGUGUGAAAUAUAUUUUGCGAAAUAUCAAGCUCAACCAUGUAUACUAUUCCAAAAAACCACUAAAAUUUAACGAACAAAAAACAUCUACUGAACAGAAAGUUACCCGCACGUUAGAUUAUCGUUUGCCAUAAUGCUGUGAGUGCAAUUGUAAAGAAAAAAAUAUCAAACAAAACAUUCUGAGUGGAAACUGAAAGUUACCUUCAAAAUGCAUCAAAAGUCGGAGCGAAGAACGCCCAAUCGUUACGAAUUGGUGCGCGGAAUUCGAUCGAACAACCGAAAACGAAAUGAGCAACAAAGCCCCUGUAUAAUACAUAGUAACAUUUACCUUUACACUAGUUAAUAGUAGAGCUAUGUUUUGUUUAGAUUUAUUUUAUAUAUAGUAAAAGUGUACAUGUUGAAAUGUAACGUAUGUUUUGUUGUGAAUAAAGAGUAAUUUAAGAAA